GAGGCUCUCUUCAGAGAAGGGACGAGUGUCCCCCUCCUCCUCCUCCCACUCCCCUUCUCACUCCACCGCUCGCGUAGACGUCCGUCGAGACACGACGAUCCUCAGACGUCGUCGUCGCCGCACGCGGUAUAAAUACCUGCCUGCCCGCGUCCUCGAAAGACAAUACGAAACUCACCGACGUCUCUCGUGUCCGUUGAACUUCCCCGGAGAAGAUAUGACGAAGACCGCGCUUUGCCUGCUGGCGUGCUUGGCUGCAGUCUGUGCAACGGCGGACCUCCAAGCCACAGGUACCACGGAGGACCCGUCGUCGCCGUCGCCGCCUCUGGAGCGAGACCUGGACGAGUGCCGCCCCGUGGCCGGGGACACCGAGCUGUACGCCGGGGUCGUCGAGAAGCCCUACCAGCUGCUGCAGAAGGUCACCGCCGACCUGAUGGUGAACACGGGCACCGCCGUGGUGCACUGCGUGCGCGCCACCAACACCAACCCUGACGGCCACGCGGCGCGCGUCACAGUCUCCGCGGGCGGCCUGGGCUCCAGCUCCGUCACGCUGCACUUCGAGUCCGAGUGGAUGCGCGGCAUCUACUACAACGUCACGGUGACCGGCCAGUGACCGGCGCGGCACGGCAGUUCAAGAAAAUAUGAGCUUCGGAAGAUGUAAAAUGUCUUCACUUUUGUGAAUUGUUUAUUUUGAAUAUGUAAUAAAAAAUUUCAUGGUGUUUUCAUA